AUGGAACGUGGAGUAAGAUUCGCCAUCCGAGGCGGUGGUCAUUCAUUGAAUGCCGGAGCUGCGAAUAUUGAAAGCGAAGUCACAAUCAACCUUCGGGCUUUGAAUAAAGUAGCGGUCAAUAGAAAACAGACAUUAGUAUCCAUUGGGGGCGGGGCAAGAUGGGGUGAAGUAUACUCUGUUGUAGAUGCUACGAGCGGCGGGAGAGUCGCUGACGUUGGGGUUGGGGGAUUGACUACUGGUGGAGGCAUUUCGUUUUUCAGUGCCAGAGAAGGUUUAGUAUGUGACAAUGUCAAAAACUACGAAGUUGUUCUCGCCGAUGGAAGUAUUGUAAAUGCCAAUUGCUCCGAGAAUCGCAAUCUCUGGCAAGCCCUGAAAGAUCGCUCCAAUAACUUUGGCGUCGUCACACGCUUUGAUAUUCGAACUUUCCCGCAAGAGAAUUUUUUUGGCGGAUGCAUUGUCCACGAUAUUUCGAUACUUGACUCGCAGCUGAAAGGAUCUGCGGAUUUUCUCGAGAAUUCCGACCCCUAUGCUGCAACCAUGAUGAGUAUAUCACGGAACCAAAAACGAAAUGGAUAUUCGAUUUUCAGUAAUCUCGAGUACACAAAAAAUGAGCCGAGCCCGAAGACGUUGAAACCGUUUCUUGAUGCGAAACCUCAAUAUUUGAAUAUUAUGCGUAUUUCAAAUCUUGCAGACUUCGCUACUGAGGCUGGAAAAUAUGCUGCGUCUGGCUUAUGGAUUUCUUCAAACCGUCCAUUCAACCUGGAGAUUGAGCAUUCUUUCCAUCUCCUCCAUCAUUGGUGUGAAAUGGGCCAUGACAAUCCAACCUCUUCCGAUUACUGCAGUGGAUCAAUGCGAGGGAGUCAUUUAUCUUGGCCUCUCAUUUUCAUCAGGUCUUCUUACUUUAUUUCUCCUUUCUUACAAUUGAAGAAUAUCGAAGACGACGAAAAGAUAACGAUGGCUGCAAGGAAAUUGAUUUCAGAUAUCGAUGAGGCGGCGAGCGAAAAGGGUGUGGGCAGUGAUUUUAAAUACUUGAAUUAUGCGGCAAGGUAG